AUGAGUUUCACAAACACCCCAAUAUCAUAUCUUGAUGAAAAUAAAUAUGAUUCUGAUCGUCUUCUUGCUAUGAAAUACAUAAAAGAACGCGAAGAACGUGCAUCUACUGUUCAAAAUAUAUUGGCUCCAAUAACACAACAAGAUGAAUUUAUUUUUGAUAUUUCUCGAAAUGAUGAUGGAAGUGACAUAUCCGAACUAUCAGAUCCAUUUGCAGAGCUUGGUGGAAAUAUUGUGAUGAGUGCCGAGAAUAAGCAAAAGAGAAGAUUAAGUAAAGUCGAAGCAGAUACUUUGGAAUUAACUCAAGUGAAAGCUCCACAUAUCGAUAUAGAACAGAUUAUGGAAGAUAAAGAGAAAAGUUUUGAGAGUGAGGAUGAUGAAGUUUUACAAGAGGUCGCAUCUUCUUUAGAACAAUGUGGAUUAAAAAAUCACUUGGAAGAAAAGAAGAAAAAAGAAGAACGACAAAAGCUGCUCCAAAAAACGAGAUCAAAGAAAGUAAAAACAGUAGAUGACCAACAAUAUGAUACAAACUCGUUGUCUGGAAUCUGGAGGAUGUUGGAUGCGGCAUCGAUGAAUGAUUUUCCUAUUACUCAACAUGGCUACAAUUUUUAUGAGGAUAAUAAAACUUGGUGUUUUCUUCGUCCAACAGACAUCGCAAUGAGUAUUUCAAGGGUUAAAGAAGAAAUUGAUGAAAUAAUGGAGGAGAUGGAAGCAGCAACACCAAAAUUUUUCGACAAAUUAAAGACUUUUAAUGCAUUUCAAGACAAUGUGUCAGAUACUGUAGAUGCAAACAGAUAUGAAGGUUCAAACUUUUUCUCUUCAAUUUUCACAAAAAAGCUGCCUGAUACUGAGAAGCCAGGUCAAAAAUAUCCAAGUAAACCAACGAAUGAACGUUAUUAUGACUUUACUAACUCAAACGUAGGGUUUGCAUUAAUUUUUAACCAAGUGAAAAUAAAAGGAGAGUCAGAAAGGAAAGGAUCAGAAAAAGAUGCAAAAGAUCUAGCACAAGUUUUAAAUGAGAUUGGUUUCACAGUGAGAAUUUGUACAGAUUUUUCGUCAAAGGAAAUUUAUCAAAACCUUUAUACUUUAUCACAACAAGACCAUUCUGAUAACGAUUGUUUGUUGAUAACGAUCAUGACUCAUGGAAAGCGUGAUGGCAAAAUAUUUUCUAGUGACGGAGAAAUUUUAGUGAACGAUUUAUGGGAAAAUUUUCUUGGAGACAAAUGCGAGACCUUGAUUGGCAAACCAAAGCUUUUCUUUAUUCAGGCAUGUCGUGGCACAUCUACAGACCCUGGAAUUCUUCUGAAACCAAAGCCACCAAUAAGAGCUGCUACUUUGGCCGAUACAGUAGAUGCAAAAGCAGUUAAGGAAGAAUUUUUUGUUCUUCCUACUUUAGCAGAUCUUUUAGUCAUGUAUUCAACAGCUGAAGGAUUUUAUUCUUUUAGAAAUCCUAAAGAUGGUUCAUGGUUCAUUCAGGCUCUCUGUGAAGAGCUGAGAGAGAACUCUCAUGAAGAAUUAAUGACAAUAUUAACAGGUGUCAACCGUCGGGUUGCAUUUGCCAAACAAUCAUAUGUUCCUCAUAUCCAUGAACUUGAUGCAUCUAAACAAAUGCCAAUUAUUCAAUCAAUGCUUACAAAAGGAUAUACUUAUAAUGAAUUGAGGGUGUUAAAAGAAAAAGUUGAAGAUGUGUUUUAUAAAAAUAACUGUGAAAAAGCUGGAAGAGCUAUAAUAUUCAAUCAAAUUGAAUUUGAUGAACAUGAUCAUCGAUUGGGUGCUUAUAAGGAUAGCGACAACUUAAAUACAGUAUUGAAAAGUUAUGGAUUAGAAGUGGAAACACAUACUGAUGCCACUAAUGAAGAAAUCGAUGAGAAAUUAAAAUUAGCAUCUCGAGAUGAUUACUCUGCAUACAAUUGUUUAAUUGUUAUCAUGAUGUCUCAUGGAGAUGAAAACAAAAACAUCUUUACAAGAGAUGGUUCAGUUGAAGUAGAUUCACUAUGGAAAUUUUUUACGGGCGAUAGAUGUCCAACUCUUUGUGGAAAACCAAAAUUGUUUUUUAUUCAAGCUUGUCGUGGAUCGACACCUGACUUUGGUGCAUUAAUAGAGGAGCAAAAGCGAUUUAAUAAAAAUCAAAAGGAAUCGUUGCAAAGCAAUACGGUGAGUGCACAAAGUGUUCCGAUUAUGGCAGAUAUUCUAGUCAUGUUUUCAAGUGCUGAUGGAUUUCCUUCAUUUAGAGAAGUAAACUAUGGCUCAUGGUUCAUAGAAGCACUGUGUGAGGAGUUAAAAGCAUAUUUAAAAAAUAAUACAAUUCAAGAUGUUGAUUUAAUGUGGAUUUUAACUGGUGUGAAUAGAUAUGUAGCAUUUUCAAAAGAAGCUUAUGAUCCAGAAGGAGAUUCACAUGGUCACAAACAAAUGCCAGUUAUUAUGUCAAUGCUGACAAAAAUAUUUUAUUUCAAUAGAUCACAUAUGAAAUUGACUUGUGAAUUAAAUGGAAGUCAUUAAUUGUUUUUUUCAAUUGGAAUAUCUAAAAUAUUAUUUUUCAUUUAUGUAUAUUAAUUAUUUAAUAAA